AAAGUAAAACUCGGUGCUGUUCGUGCGUGGAGAUAACAAGAUGGUCGAGAAAGUGACGCAGGAAGUCGCUGGGAUGAGGUCACGUGACAUUGAAUGGUUGCUAUGGUGGAGACGGAAAGGAAAUCGCACAGAUUCGGUCAAGAACGAACUACCGAGUAGGACGUGAUGAGACGUUGAUGGCAAUCAGUGGUUUGUCAGUUUGGAAAUUUGCUGAUUUGACGAUAAUUGGGGUUCAAGUAGCGCGCGUUAAGAACAAGACUUUUCUUGUUUUGUGCGUAACGGAAGGCGGAAUGUGUGGAUGGUGGCAACUCAGUUGUUACAUGCGUGUGUCGUCGUAUUCAGAGACACGUCGUCAAUCUCGUGAAGGAAGUAAAGGCUGUGAUUGAUAUCAACGACUGACUGUGUUUGUUGACAAAUUAAUUAAUUUGUUCUUGCUGUGCUGAUUCGAACGUUUGGAGCGGCAAUCAUACUCACUCGGUACAAUCGACUUUUGUGUGUCAUUUCAUUGCAGGGUUGAGGCUAUCGAAUGGCUACGAAAGGAGACGAUUGUUAUUUCUAUUAUAAUGCUGAAUGUCUGAAGGGUGACCAAUGCCCUUUCCGUCACAGUCAAGCUGCACUCGGUAACGACACUGUUUGCAAGUUGUGGCUACAAGGAUCAUGCUUUCGAUCAGCAUGUCCAUUCAGACAUAUGCAUAUCACUCCGUUGAAGAGUGAGUUGUCGUGUUACUUUGAGACUCAACCGAGUGGCUGCCUCAAGCCCAACUGUCCUUUCAAGCAUUUCAAGCCGAGAAAUGUGAGCACACUGGGAACGAGCUCAAUGCCGGUGAUGUCAACGACACAGCCAGUUGUUGCUGUCAGACCGUCUGUUCGCGGUUCUACCAACUUGGUUCAAGCACAGGACACGGGGACGCCAAAUUUCCUUGGAGCUGUGAAGGAAGGGAUGACGUCUCUAUCAGCCCAGCCAGACAAUAAAGGAACAUCAAAUUUGACUGUUAGUGGGCAGAUAGUCACACCAACAAAACCGAUAGAUUCUUUCUCAUUUGAAUUGUCAAAGUUGACUCCCAGUAAUCCAAUGCCUUUUGCUGUUCAACAACCGAUAACGACUUCAACUGCUGUGAGUGUGAAAUCGGUGAAUGAAGUCAAGGAGGGACUGGGAGGUGUGACAGCCGAUGGAGAUCAACAGCAACGAGGAGUGGAGAAAGUGAAGGAUGAGAAGUCGGCUGUUGUGGAGGACAAAGCUGCAGCAUUGGCUGCCAAGAAGAAAGCUCGUGCCGAGAGGUUUGGGCUCAAGACUCUCCCACACCCACAACGCAACAUCUCACCAACCACUUCCAUUCCAACUAUACCAGUCAAGCCUCUCACAUCGUCGACUACCGCUGCUCUCACCUCAACACAUCAACAUGUUACCAAUACAACAAAAGCCGUACAAACCACCAAACAGUCGAAACGAACAGCCGGAAGCACGAAAUUGGAAAACAAGGACGCGACGUCGACAGCAGAGAGCGAAAAGUCCAAGCCUGGCAUACAGCAAAUCGUGUGGGAUUUAGAUGGAAAGAAGAAAGACACGCUGCCAAUCAAGAGCCCAACAAUCAACAAACCAAAGACGGACGUCCAGAAACCCGAGAGUCACAACAACAGCAUCGACAUCAGUAGCAGUGAUAGAGACACGAAUCGAAGUGAAAAUCCUAGUUCGUCGUCUGUGAAUGAUAAACGGAAGCUGCAGGAGAUCAAAUGGGAUUUAGGAGACGUAAAACGUGUUGGGGUGUUGUCUGUGGGGACAUUGCCUGUUAGGAUGAAACGAAGAGCGUCCGAAGGUGGAGCAACAAACGAGAGCAAUCGGCAAAACGUUGACAGCAGCGGUGGUGGCAACGACGAGGGACAGAAAGGACAGACUGGAGGAGCAUCAGGAGCAUCAGUGAUGAAGAUCAGACUGACAGCAAAGGCAUCUUCUACAGUACGAAACAUCGUAGUCAAGAGUUUCGAAGAAAUCAUGCGUGAGAAACGCCAGAAGAAGCUCGCAGCCGAUUCCUCAACAACCGACCAUACGUCUGCACCCUUCAAGUCAGGCAUGAAAAAGAGGCGAAAGUCAAGACAACAGGAAGCGACAUCAAGCGACACGAAGAAGCCAAAGACGAGUGAAAACAACGAAAGCGUUUUUUCAUCGAUUCCAGACGCCUCAACGUCGGAACGAAUCGAGAGCAUCGCGACUGACGACAUGCAAGUAACCUCGUCAGUGGAGAUCACAGAAGACGAGGUGAUGGAAUCGAAGCGUGAAGAUUCAAGUAUCGACGUCGUGAUUGACACCAAACAAGAGAAACCAAUUGAAGAGAGAGAAGGUCCGUUAUUGGACGAGGAUAGAGGAAAAACGGAGGCUUUGGUUGAGCACCCAGAAGUAACAGUCGAGAAGGAAAAGAUUUCGACAACCGCAGGGCAGCGAGUCUUACUCAGAAGGAUCAGCCACAAGGCGAAGGACGAUUCGCUCCUUGAUGCCGAACUCGAGGAAAUGUUAGGCGAACUGUCGAGCAGCGACAUCGAAGACUCGACGGACGGACCGAAGGACGACGACGAUCUCAUAUUAGACAUUGAAGAGCUUGUGAAUAGUUGAUAACAAUGAAGCAGUAGAUUUGAUUGUAUGAUGUUGUUGUGUUACAUUCUUGA